GUCAAUAAAGUUUGCAUUUGAAUCGCUUACCUCUGCAACAACAAUGGCGGCGGGUCAAAUUGGCCACGGAGUUCCUCCUUCACUGUCUGCCAAAGUGACGGGGUCAUUUGCUUAUUUGACAAUAAGAGACAGAAUGCCAACCAUUUUGACUAAAGCUAUAGACACAAUACAUCGCAACAAAAACAAGUUUUUUGAGGAACAUGGAGAGGAGGGGAUCAGUGCGGAGAAACAAGCAAUAUCUCUACUGUCUAAGCUGAGGAAUGAGCUACAAACCGAUAAGCCACUACUGGAAUUGACAGAUGGCUUGUCAGACACAGAGUCCUGGAACCAGUACAUGCAGAGACAGCAGAGACAGCUGGGUGACCAGGAGCUUGUUAGCUGGUUUAAGUCACCCUGGUUGUAUGUGGAAUGCUACAUGUAUAGGAGGAUACAAGAGGCAAUCUGGCUUAAUCCUCCAAUAAACAACUUUGAUGUCUUUAAUGAGGGAAAGACCCAAAGUUUUUUUGAGUCUCAGCAGGCUGUGAUGGCAUUGUGUACUUACCUGGGAGACAUUCAGAAGAGCAUGGAGAAGCUGUCAGAGAACCAGUUGUCUGAAUAUUUCAACAAACUGCUCCAGGUUUCUCUUUGGGGGAACAAGUGUGAUCUUUCCAUCUCUGCUGGUCAAGAGAACUCCCAGAAGGCUAGUCCAAUAGAAUCCCUCAACAGCUUACAGUCUUUCAUCUUGGUGAAUGAUUCCAACAUGGUAUGGUUCACUCUUAAUUUGUCAAGAAGGCCAGAGGGGUCAGGGAGCAAAACUGCAGACAGAGUUGACAUUGUGCUUGACAAUGCUGGCUUUGAGCUGGUCACUGACUUAGUCUUAGCAGAUUUUCUGGUGUCUUCGGGUCUCGCGCGUCACAUUCAUUUUCACGGCAAAUGCUUCCCGUGGUUCGUCUCUGACGUCACAGCUAAUGACUUUCAGUGGACCAUCCGGCAGACUAUGGCAGCCAAUCAUAAAUGGAUGAGUCGGAGUGGCUACCAGUGGCAGAGCUAUCUUGAUGAGGGUAUUUGGAGCUAUCACGACCAUCCUUUCUGGACUCAGCCCCACGAAUUCUGCGACAUGGCAGUUGAUGCUCCCGACUUAUACUCAACCCUGCAGGAAGCAGACCUGGUGCUAUUUAAAGGCGAUCUCAACUACAGGAAGCUGACUGGGGACAGGGACUGGGGCCACACGGUGGAUUUCUCUACUGCACUGAGAGGUUUUGAGCCUGCACCACUAUGCAGUUUGAGAACCCUCAAAGCCAAUGUGCAGGUUGGUCUGCAGCCAGGACAGGGGGAGAACCUGAGCACCGAAGACCCAUCAUGGAUGACCAAUGGGAAGUACGCUGUUAUUCAGUUCCACAGCCCCAGGUUGGAGUAGUAAGCCUGAACUCAGGAUUAGACUGGGAUGACUGGACUUUAUCAGAUUUUACUGUAAGAGAGCAUCAAAAUUAGGUGCUGCCAUUAAGCCAUAAAAAAACAAAGUUAUUAAAGUUUCUUUUUAAGGACUUCAAACUUGUUCACAAAAUGCACAAGAACAGACUGAAUAUAUAUCAAUGCCAUCUAAUAUUUAAAAUGUUGUAAUUGUUUAACAAAUUGCUUAUAAGUUGAACGAUAGCUGCCGGUGGUUGUACAUUUGUCUACAUUGCUAAUAUCUCACAUUAGGUUUACAUUACAGAUAACUUGUGAAUCCUACACUUUGAAUUAAGUCAGAAUGUUUACAGUUUAUGCAGAAUAGAAUAGAAAAGCUAAAAUUAUAGUUUGGGUUUAUUAAAUGUAACCUGAAACUGAAACAUUGGUGGUAUUAAAAUGGUUAUUUGUGAUUUUUUUCUUUUUAAUUCAUCACAAAUUGCAAAACAACAAAAUUAUUUAACUGAUCUGGCACUGUGGAAGGUUACUUUCCUCUGUGGAAUAAAUGUUGGUGGUAAUAAAAGUGGGCAAUGAGAUGA